AUGACUAACAAUAAUAAAUUUUACCAAUUUAUUAUACCAAAAAAAGAUUCCAAUUUAUUAAAGUUUUUAAACAAUAUUAAUAUAAUAUACAAAGAUGAUGAGGCAGUUUUAUGCAUUAAAAAUGAAGAUUUUUCUUUAGAUUUAAAUGAUGAUGGAAUCACAUUUAAUUCAAUAAUUAAUUAUUUACAAGAUGAUUUAUUAGGAGUUUUUAAAUUUGACUUAAAUGUUGAAAAGGCCAAUGAUUAUUCUGAAAUUGAAAUUCCACUAGGUUUAUAUUACAUGCUAUCUCUAUCAUAUUUAUGGUCAAAAAUUAUUCAUAUUCAUGAAAAAAAAAUAUUCCUGAGUUUGAUUUUAAGAUAUAUUGAAAUUUUAAAACAAUCCUUAAUUAAUAAUACGGAGAAAUCUCAAAUCAAUAAUUUAUUUAAUAUGAUAAUUUUUUGCAUAACAAAUAUUGUCUUACAAGAAUUUGAUAUUCUCGAAGAUUUAAUUAACCAAAAUAUAAAACUAUUUGAAAAUAAAUUUCAUACAAAUAAUAAGAAAAAUUCAAAAUCAAAGAGAAGAAAAAACCCAAAGUAUAAUUAUGAAAUUGAUAAUAGUGAUUCUUCUAAUGAAACUGAAACAGAAUUAGAUAAUAGUGAUUCUUUUCAUGAUCAAUUACAAAAUACAGAUUUUGAAGUUAAUUUGAAUGAUGAAAGUAUUCAAAGUAAUAAAUUUAUUCAGGAUUCAUCAGUUCUUGAAAUUUCAUUCUUAUUAGUAAAAUAUUUGAUUAAUUUUUCCAAACAUUAUUUAAAUGUCAAUUUUUCCACAGUUGGACUUUCUGAGUGGUCAUUAAUAUUAUCUCUAAGAAUAAUUAAUUUGGUCAAAAAAUUAGUCACUAAUUUUGAAAUUGAAACAUUUAAUAAGUUAUGCAAAAUUAAUAUAAUCAAAUGGGAAAAUUUGUCCCAAAAUUUAAUAAUAAAUAUAUUAAGAUCCAUUAAUUUUAUUGAGAAAUAUGAAGAAAAGGAAGAAUAUCAUGAUUUAAAAAGUUGUUUAUUUGAAAUUAUUUCAAAUUGUUUUAUUCAUGGUUCUAUUGAUUUAAUAUCAAAUAUAAACCAUAUAAAUAACCCCAAUAAUCGGAAUAAUGUCAUAUUUAAAGAUUUUCCAAGUUUUAUAUCAGCGAGUACAAUGCUAAUUAGUGAAGAAUUUUCUAAUAGUCUGUUUGUUUAUAUUCUCGAAAAUCUUGGAUUUUACUGGAUUAAAAUGGAUAAAAUUGAAGAUAUUGGUGAGGAUAAUAAUAUUAUUGUUUAUAUUAGUUCAUAUGUUGAAUCUAUUUCAAUUAAUAACCCAAAUAUUAUUUUGAAAAAUAUUUCAUUAAUCAGAAGAAUUCUCAAAGUCAUGAUUUCUUAUAAACUUAGAUCAUGUUUUAUUUCAAGUACUGCAAAUUCACUUAUUCAAGUGAAAAAUAAAAAUCAAAUUGAUCCAUAUUGCCUAUCUAGUUCAAGUCAAAAUAUUGAUAAUAAUUAUAAUAAAUCCACUGAUUUUACAUUAGAAAAAAGAUCACAAAUUAUUGAAUCUAUUGACUUAUUACUUGAAAGAAUUUAUGAUAAACACUAUAAUUGUCGAACUAGAUCUAUCCAAUCAAUACAAAGAUUAUUCAUUAAUGAUAUAAUUCCGUAUAGUUUUUUUAUAACUAUAUUUAAAGAAAUAAAUAUGAGAACUUUGGAUGAAUCUUCAUAUGUUAGAUCUUCAUCAUUAAACUUAUUAAGAACAAUGGUUAGAAAAGUUACAGAAAAUUAUUAUCAUUUACCAUUAAAUUAUGAACAUAUUUCCAAUUUAUUAAAUAAUAUUAAUCUUGAAUUAAAUCAUUUAAACAAAAAUAGUAUUGAUGAUUUAAACAAUACAAUUAUUAAUUCAAAUAUUAAUGAUGUAGAAACAAAACCUCAAGAGUUAAUUGAUCCAAAUUUUAUAAAGAAAAAAGAAUCUGAAUAUGAAUUAAUGAAAGUAUUAUUAGUUGAUGCAAAAGAAGUUUCUAUAAUUGUGGAAGAUAUUCUGGAAAAAGUCUGUAUUAAUGGAAUUCAUUCAAAAAUUAAUUCAGAUGCUUCUUCAUCUAUUCUUUUUAUUUGUGAAACUGUAUCUCUAAAUAUUAAAAAAGGUCAAUCACUCCUUUCAAAUGUAUUAAAGUGUAUUUGGAGAGUUAAUAAUGUUAAUAUUUUAAAUUCUGUUGUACAUGGAUUUUUCAUUAUAAUGUUUAAUAAUCUUUCCAAUUUUUCAAAUUCUGAUAAUCAAGAAAAUUAUUUUCAAAAUGAAUUAGACAAUGAUGAUGAUCAAAACUUGAAGCUUCAAUUUAAUGAAAAAAUUGUAAUAAAUCAAUCAACAAUAAAGAAUCUUCUUAAAAUAAUUGAAUUAUUUAAUGAUGAUGACAUGAUGAACUUUUCAAAGUUAUUGGAACAUUUAACUUCAAAAAACACACAAAUAUCUAAAAAGUAUACCCAAAAUUUUGAUUUAACUUUGUUAAAAAGCUACACCCUAAAUGAAAUUUCUCUAGUUGGAAGUAAUUUAACAAAUUUAAAUGAUGAAGCUGAAAAUAACUUAGUAUCAUUACUUGAAUUGCUUUUGGUAAUUAUAAAGGUUGAAUCUUUGAAUAACAACUGUAUUUUUGAAAUUGAAAACAAAAAAAAUUCAAAUUUUGAAAUACUUUAUCAAUUAUUUAUGAAUUCUGCAUCCAAUAAAAAUUAUAUUAUUUUUGAAUAUUCAGUUAAAUGUUUAAAUUUAAUUAAAAUAAAUAACCAAGUUUAUACAAAUGAAAUUUUAUCAACUUAUAUAACAAUUCUCUCCAAUUUUGAUUAUAAAUUAAUAAAUAAUUCACUUUUGAUAAAUAUUAUUAACUCAGUAUUUAAUUUAAUUGCAAAUCCAUCAAAUAUUAAAUUUUUGAAUACUAAAGAAAACAAUUCUAAAGUUUUAUAUAUUGAUUUUUUUAUUAAUAAAUUAUUUGCUCAUUUCCACAAAAGGCUUAGGAAAUCAAAAGAAGUAAGUAUUAUUGAAUUAUCUCAGAUAAUCAAUUUAUUGAGUCAUAUUGUAUUAAAAUAUGGUAAUUUUGUAGAAAAUUUAUAUAAUAAAUGGAAGUACUUGUAUUCAAUUGUUCAAAAGAGCUCUUCUGAAAAGGCCAAAUUAUUUCAAGAGAAGAAUAGUGAAUGUGGAAUAAUCAAUUUAGAAGAGGAAUAUUUUGAAUAUAUUCAGAUUAUAUUAGAAAAUCAACUCCUUUCUAAUGACAGUAUUUUUUAUUUUAUUGUACCAAUAAUUAAUUUAUUAUCAAGAGAUCCAAGUUUAAUUGUUGAUUAUAAUAACAUUACAGAUAGUGCAAGUGACCUUCAGUGGCAACUGGAUUAUUCCAGAAAUUGUGCAAUAGUUUCAUUAUGUAAGUUAACUUCUUUAACAACCAAGUUAUUAAAUAUUAAUGAAAAAAUGAUGAAUGAAAAUUCCAACCAAAACUUAAAUAUAAAUUCAAAAUUAUCUAACUUAUUUGAAAUGCCAAAUAUUCAACUAAUAUUUUCAUUUCUUUAUAAUCCAUCUUCAUUUAAUUUUAUUAAUAAAAUUCAAAUGGACAACAUUAUGUUAAACAUAAUACUUUGUACCAACGAUUUAUUAACAAGGUAUCCAAAUAUUAUAGAUCCAUGGAUGGAAAAACAAUAUUCACUUUUAAAUUUGGAUGAUAAUUCAAAUGAAACAGAAAUUAACUCUUUGAAAUAUAAUAUUAUGUUAAUUAUUAAUUAUUUAUUAAAUAUAGGUUUCAUUAAACCAAAAGAAAUAUUAUUGCUGAGUUACCUCAAAUGUAUUAGUAACAAAUCAGAAUUUAACUCUGAACUUUCUAGUCUUGCAAAUUCAUUCUUUCAAGAAUUUUUCAAGGAUUUAAAUAAUCAACUUGCUAUUAACAUUAUUCCAUUGUUAAUAAAUCAAUUAGCAUUGGAAUAUUCUUAUAACUAUACUGAUAAAGGAAAAACACAAACUAUUAUUCACCAAACACAAUAUUUGCUUCAUUAUAUUAAUAAUAAAGAUAAUAUUUGUUCAAGCCUGAUUCCUAAGUUUUUUUUCAGAAUUUCUUUACUUAAUGAUUCAAAAGCCAUUGAAUUAUAUGUUAUUGCAUUUGAGUCACUAAAAUUGGGUUCAAAAAGUAGAUGUAUUAGCAAAAUUAUCGAAAAUUUGAACUUAAUUACAUUCCAUAUUCAAGAAUUUGAUUUUCUAAAACAAUAUUUUGCAAAAAUUCUUCAAAAUCAUAUAAACUCAAAUCAAAUUGAUACUAAUUCUGAAAUAUUUUCAUUAUUCAAGGACGAAAGCUCAAGAAAUGUUAAGUCUAAUCCAAACUUAGCAAACGAUAAGACAAAUCACUUAAUUUUUGGUGCUGAAAAUACACCAAAUAAUUAA